AGUAUCGAACUGGACUCGAACGCGAUCGUAUCGUUAUUUCGCGCGGUUUGUGGCGACUUGGUGCACGUGUUACGAUCUAUUAUAUCUAUACAAAAUCAACAAAGUAUUGUAUGUACGACUGCGAUCAUAGAUAGUGAAUGUAUAUCGUCUUUAGGUGGCUGAAUGCAUAAUAGGAGCUGUGUAAGGGAAAGAACACAAUCAAUAAGAAGUGCCUGUCGAAGAAAAAGGAUCGCACUGGAUCGAAUGCAAUUUUGCGAAGAAUUCAGGAAGAAUAGUGAAGUGAAGGAGUUGCUGAAAAAAAACCGCAAUAACCGCAUCAUAAAAUAACAACAUUGUGAUAAGCAAGAAGAGCUGGUUCACUAGAGCACUGCAUAACGAAGAAAAAAUGAGUGGCCAAGACUUAGUCUGCUAGUGACCAGUGUUAAUGUGAACCGAAAGUCUGGGGAACCUGUUCAGAACAAGAAGAAGAAAUCGACCAAACUUCGAAAAUGACCGUUAAACAUCCUGCAGCCGGCUGCAGUGGUCCACCCUCCAUCCGGCCGCCGUCACAUUUCUCCAGCCAGCGAAACUCGCUGAUGUCGUCGUCGGCGUCGCUUGAGGCCGCCGGCGAGAGCAAACGGCGCUCGAUUGUGAUUCUCUCACUGCUCGCGGCUUGUGCGUUUCUCUUCGUGCUCUGCCUUUGUCUGCUGAGUGCGCUGGUGCUGGUCGGUAAAAGUCUGUCGGAACAAUCGACGCCGCCAUUGCUAUCCUCGUAUCUCCGCUCGAGCAGUCACGGUGCCAGUCAAACGUCAUCCGUGUCAUCGAGUGGCCACAAACAAGGCAAGAGCAUCGAUCAUUUUAAUCGUCCUAAUCUGUUCGGCGAAGAUAAGGGAACAUUCGAUAGGGCCGAAGAAGACGACAACGACCCAGAGGACAGUAACAAGACGGCUAUUUAUCUACCGAAUUCAGUAUACUCCGGAAAGCCGGGUGGAAUGAACGUGCUGAAAAUGGGAACGAAACUGUUCGAGAAGUUGCAUUUCCGGCUGCCGCGGCACAUCAAGCCUCGGCACUACGAUCUGACGAUGUUCCCGGAUUUGGAGAAGCAAACUUUCUCCGGGCAGGUCGGAAUCGAUAUCACCGUGAGCGAACCGACCGAUUACAUUGUGGUGCACAGCAAGCAACUGGCCAUUACCGAAACGACGGUGAAGAAGCUGUAUCCGGACCGAAGCGAGCAGCCGGUGAAAGUGCUGCAGGCCGUCGAGUACGAACCGCAUCAGUACUGGGUGAUUGAAACGGAGGCCAUCGGGACGGGCGAGUACCGGUUGAGCAUGAAUUUCAGCGGCAGUUUGGCGAACCGGAUUGUUGGAUUCUACAGCAGCUCGUACAAGGACAAAGGCAGCAACACGACCAGAAAAAUCGCCACGUCCAAAUUCGAGCCGACCUUCGCGCGUCAAGCUUUCCCCUGCUUCGACGAGCCUCAUCUGAAGGCCACCUACGCCAUCCAGGUGGUGCACCCCAGCACCAACAAGUACCAUGCUCUGUCCAACAUGGACGCGAAAGAAACCUUGGCUAACACGCCCACGGCCGGGUUGAAUACCACCGUGUUCAAUCCCAGCGUUCCGAUGAGUACCUACUUGGUGGUGUUCAUCGUGAGUGAUUUCGAGUACGACGCUGUACGAAUUACACCUUCGUUGGGAGAGCGAUUCGAGCUGCGCGUAUAUACCACGCCGUUCCAAAUCCAGAAUGCCCGCUUCGCGCGUAACACGGCGGAGAAGAUCAUCAACCACUAUAUCGAUUACUUCAACAUCGAGUAUCCACUGCCCAAACUGGACAUGGCGGCCAUUCCGGACUUUGUCUCGGGAGCUAUGGAAACCUGGGGAUUGGUAACGUACCGCGAGACCAGCAUUUUGUACAACGAGGCAACGAGUUCAACGGCCAACAAGCAGCGUGUUGCGGAAGUCAUUGCCCACGAAUUGGCCCACAUGUGGUUCGGCAAUCUGGUUACCAUGAAGUGGUGGAACGAACUGUGGCUGAACGAAGGUUUCGCCAGUUACAUUGAAUACAAGGGAGUGGACAGUGCCUAUCCGGAAUGGGGCAUCAUGGAACAGUUUGCACUGGAUAACCUGCAUGGAGUGCUCACUCUGGACGCAACUCUUGGAUCGCAUCCGAUCGUCGUGAAGGUGGAGAGUCCAAACCAGAUUACGGAAAUCUUCGAUACGAUCACUUACUCCAAGGGUGCCUCCGUUAUUCGCAUGUUGGAAGACUUUGUCAGCGAACCGAUUUUCAAGGAAGGUGUAACCAAAUACCUCAACAAGCUCCGAUAUGGCAACGGCGAAUCGAAGGACCUCAUGGACCAGCUGGAUGAACUGUUUAAAGAUCCAUCGGAGCCCGACCUCAGUGUUACGAUGGUUAUGGAUACCUUUACGAAGCAGAAGGGUUUCCCCGUCAUCACUGUGGCGCGAUCUGGCAAUCAAUUCCGGCUGCGACAGUCGCGUUUCCUUGCCGAUCCGAACGCGACCGAUACGGAGGAGUCGGAAUUUGGAUACAAGUGGUAUGUCCCGCUGACUUACAUUACUUCCGAAGACUCUACUACAGUCAAACGAGCAUGGAUGCUUAGGGGCGAUGAUCAGGUCAGCAUCGACGCCCCCAGCGGUUCAGACAGUUGGAUCAAGCUGAAUCACAACCAGGUCGGGUACUACCGUGUCAACUAUCCGGAAAACGUGUGGCAACAGUUCAGUGAACUUCUUUCGAAAGAUAUCAAUGCGUUCAGUAUUGGCGAUCGUACCGGCUUGCUCAACGAUGCAUUUGCCCUGGCGGACGCUUCGCAGUUGAGAUACGAUCUGGCACUGGAACUAACACGUUUCUUGGCCCAGGAAACCGAGUACGUACCAUGGGCAACCGUGUCCAGCAAAAUGAAGAGCAUUCGUACUCUGAUCUACGACUACCCUGCCUACGAUGACAUCCUUCUCUAUGUUCGUCAACUGAUCCAACGAGCUUACGACUCCGUUGGCUGGACUGUAGUGGGCGAAGAUCACAUGAAGAAUCGCCUCCGAACGACCGUCUUAGACCUGGCCUGUUCUUUCGGCCACGACGACUGUCUUCAGAAAGCCCACGAGUUGUUCCGUGGAUGGUUGGACAGUGAUGUCGCCGUCCAUCCGGAUCUGCGCACUGUUGUCUACUACUAUGGCCUUCAGCGAUCGGCCAACAUCACCGACUGGGAGCUGGUGAAGGAACGCUUCCGUGCGGAAAUCGAUGCAAACGAGAAAGCCAAACUGAUGAGUGCCCUAGCUGGCUUCCCAGAUGCGAAGGUUCUGCGUCGUCUGCUAGAUGACGCUUGGGAUCCGCAGCUGGUGCGCGAACAGGAUCAUCUGACCUGCAUUCAGAACGUGGCUGCCAACAAGCACGGAGAGCAGAUUGCGUGGGAUCACGUGCGAAUAAACUGGGAUCGAUUGGUCGAACGGUACACUCUGGGAGAACGAAACCUGGGUCGAAUGAUCCCGUCCAUCACCGGACGCUUCUCGACGCCUGUGAGGCUGAUGGAACUGGAGGAUUUCUUCCGCAGAAAUCCAGAAGCAGGUGCAGGUGCCGCAGCCAGAGUUCAAGCUCUGGAGAAUAUUGGCAACAAUAUUAAGUGGCUGGAGCGCAACCUGGAUAUCGUGACCAAAUGGUUGAGCACUGCGAUUCUGCCGGUACCGGUAAAACAUUGAAGUCAUACGUUUGUGUUAAGUGUAUCGAAGUAAUAAAUUGUGAUAGAGUCAGUUA